GCAGAAACAAGAGAAGCCCAAGUUUGUAUUGUGUGUGACUUUUUCAGAAAAUGGCGACGCCAUCACUGGAGACUCGAGUGGAAAUAUACUUGUGUGGGGCAAAGGAUCUAAUCGUAUUAGCUUGGCCAUUCAGGGAGCACAUGAGGCAAGCGUCUUUGCACUUUGCAUGUUGAGAAAUGGUACGCUGGUCUCAGGUGGGAAGGACCGGAAACUCAUCUCCUGGGAUGAAAAUUAUCAAAAGAUUCAAACGGUGGAGGUUCCGGAGUUAUAUGGCCCUAUUCGGACUGUGGCUGAAGGACGGGGAGAAACGGUUCUUAUUGGCACUACCAAAAACUAUGUCCUGCAAGGCAGUCUGGAUGGGGAGUUCAUACCCAUCACCCAGGGCCACACAGAUGAGUUAUGGGGCCUGACUGUACAUCCGCUGAAGCAUCAGUUCCUCACCUGUGGCCAUGACAAGCAUAUUUGCCUGUGGGACUCUGCCUCUCAUCAGCCCAUCUGGACCAAAACAUUGGAGGACGCCGCUCAGUCGGCCGGCUUCCACCCUUCUGGGGCAACGGUUGCUAUAGGAACGCAGACGGGCAGGUGGCUUGUGCUCGAUACCGAAUCAAAGGAUCUGGUCACGGUGCACACGGACGGAAACGAACAGCUGUCGGUUAUGCGCUUUUCUCCAGAUGGUAAUUUCCUUGCAAUCGGGUCACAUGAUAACUACAUCUACAUUUAUGCUGUGGCAGAAAAUGGCAAGAAAUACAGUAGAGUUGGAAAGUGCUCAGGUCAUUCUAGUUUCAUCACCCAUCUGGAUUGGUCUGUGGAUUCUCAGUACUUAGUAUCCAACUCAGGGGACUAUGAGAUCCUUUACUGGAUCCCUUCUGUGUGCAAGCAAGUAGUGAGUGUGGAGACCACCCGGGAUAUUGAAUGGGCCACUUUCACCUGUAUUCUGGGCUUCCAUAUUUUUGGACUGUGGCCGGAUGGCUCAGAUGGUACUGACAUCAAUGCUGUGUGCAGUUCAAAUGCAAAGAAACUGCUUAUCACCGGAGACGACUUUGGCAAAGUUCACCUCUUCUCGUUCCCUUGCUCUCAGUCCCGAGCUCCUAGUCACAUCUACGGUGGACACAGCAGCCACGUCACCAAUGUUAAUUUCUUAAAUGACGACAGCCAGUUAAUCUCUACAGGAGGGAAGGACAUGAGCAUAAUGCAGUGGCGUGUAGUGUAAAAUGACCACUGUCACAUUGAACUUCCUUAUUUUUCUAGUAUCAAGUGACUUGGGAAAGCAAAAGUGGGGCCAUCAGCUACAGAGUAAAGUGGAGCCUCAAUUUUAUUUGCCUUUAAAUUUUAUCUCAGGACACCCAUAUUUGAAGUGACUCUCUGUUUUGACCGUCUCACGUGUUCCCUAGACUAUGAAAGAGAUGUUUUUUGAUGGAAACCCAUCUCUUUAGCUUUGAAUAACAAACUAAAGAAUCUGCUCUACAGGACAAAGUUUAAUGUGAUGCCAAAGCACAUCGGGAAUGAAUAGUCCAGUCCAGUUUAUAUCAUCAUAACACUUUAAUCACUUACCAUCAGUUAUACUCUAUCACACUGACUGUGUUUUGAUAAAUUGCACGUUAACCAUCAUUUUAUACUAAAAUUUGCCUCCAUAAUUAUUUUUUAAACUUUUGCUGCCACCGUAUGGUACGUUGCGGUAUUGCAGCCACCUUCCCACCGCUGAAUUUAUUUUAUCCUCUGUUGUAGUCAACUACUUGUGGUGUUUCAUGGAUUUAAUUAUUUUUAUAUAUAUAUAUAUAUUCAAUCAGCCAUCAAAAUCCUCUCAAGGAU